AUGUUUGGGAUUCAUUUGUUUGACUCCGGCAGUGAGGAAGGCGAGGAGGAAAGCUCGUUUGUGUCGGUGAUUGUAAGGCGCCAGCUGAGGGAUUGUAGCAACCCGCUGUCCUUAUGUGAACGAGAAUUUCGUCAACACUUCAGAUUAAGCCGUGAGGCAUUUACGUAUGUUCUUAAUUGUAUAGGAAAUCCUGGGAGAUCAAAAAUAACAUCGAUUCCAGGUGUCCUGAAGUUGGCAGUUACAUUAAAUAUUCUUGGAAGUGGAUCCUAUCAAAUCAAUGCUGGUGUUGGUUUCCUGAUUGCAAUGGCACAGCCGACUGUUUCAAUCGUGUUUAAUGAAACAUUGCAGUUAUUGGAGGAGAUUUUAUGUGCAAAUUGGAUCAAGCUUGACAGCACUAAGUUUGGUAAUACAAAAACUUAUUACUUCAGCAAAUUUAAAAUUCCUGGUGUCGUGGGAUGUAUCGAUGGGACCCACAUAACUAUUCUCAAACCAGUCGAAAAUGAACAUAUGUUUUACAACAGAAAAGGUCAUCACAGUGUGAAUGCAAUGAUCAUAUGUGAUCAUGAUUAUCGUAUUAUGGCGGUGAAUGCAUGUUACGGAGGAUCAGCUCACGAUUCAUUCGUUUGGAGUAUGAGCAACGAGAAAAUAUUUUUCGAACAAUUAUAUGAAAGAGGUGAUUGCAAUUCAAGGCUUUUAGGUGACAGCGGAUAUGGUAUUGCGCCAUGGCUCUUGGAUCCAUACUGUAAUGCUAACAACGGAUCGAAUGAGGAAGCAUUCAAUACAAUUCAUUCAUCAGCCAGGACAACCGUUGAAAGAGCGGUUGGCGUGCUGAAAGGACGAUGGAGACUUUAUAAUUCAGAUCUAAUAAUAAGGUAUACGCCGAAAAAAACCACAUCUAUUGUGAAUGUAUGUGCUACAUUGCAUAACAUUUGCAUUCAUUACAACAUUUGCCUGGAUCCAACGGAGGCAGCUCCCCCUGAUGACCCUAUUCUUCAUGUACCUGUACCUCAUUCCACUACCGAUAGCGCUAUCACUAGAAGAGCAGAAAGUAUUAGAAACAAUAUAAGAGAUUCUUUGGUGCAGUGAUGACCAAAAUGCAAUUCCAUUAAAUAAACUACAAAUAAUUAAAUAUGUUAUAAUUAAAUAAAAUACAAUGCACAAAGAGUUCAAAGAAUGGGACUUUACCAAAAUGAGUUAUACUGGCAUUCUAUCGAAUACUGUUUUCUAAGCUCUUUAACCAUUCAUAGUAAUAUUAUUUGUUUUUUCGUUAAUAUUGUAAAUCCGUGUUAUAAUCGGUCUUCAAUAAAGGAAAGUGGAGCAAGAUUGUCUUAUAUAAUUUUUUUAUUGGUGUGAUUUUUUAAUUAUAAAAGGUUAGUUUAUCACGAUUCAUAGGCAUGUUGUCUUCGGUGUUGAACUAAAUUAAAAAAAGACAUAAAUAAAGAUUAUUUAAAAACAAAAAAGCGUUUUGUCUUCAGUUGCAAUCAUGUCUCAAGCAACAACCCAACCCAAUUAUGUCCACCAAGCAUAUGCUUUUCACUUGCAGUUCAGUGUUCUAAAGUUUAAGUCGAAUAGUCUACCAUGAUGUUCUCAAGUAACAAACGCAGAAGUAACAUGCUCAUCUCAUUAAUUAUAGUAAGAAAAUUGAAAUCAUUCGAAAAAUUAGUUUCAACGAUUUUCGUAACGAAUGAAUCUUAGUGUUAAUAACAAAUAACGUUAGGGAGCAUUCAUAAAUUACGCAACGCUUACAGAGGGGAGGGGGGUUGUCCAAAGUGUGACAAUCCAUACAAAGAUUUCAGAUGCUUCAUACUAAAAGUGUGCCAGGGGGUUGAAAAUUGCUAAUUUUUGUGUUACGUUUCUUUAUUCUGAAUAUCGAUAACAGGAACACCAUUUAGCCGAUUGACAUGUUGAAGACCAUUGACUAAUCAUAGUACAAACUGUUAUUAGAAUAUUUUCAGCGAAUACAUAUUGCAUUAAUCUUAUAAUUAGUAGCUUAUUCUAAAUAAGAUUUCUCCACAGACAAACAGACAUAACACUCGACAAAUUUCCAUCGUUCACUGAUUUACUGGUCAAUUCAAAUAAUCAUUAGUUGGCCAAUCGAUCACUCGUGGCGCGAGCAUCGUUUUUGCUCGAGUUUGACGUUUGCUCACUAUCGCCAUCUGGUUCGUGAUUUGCCCAACUAACUGAAAUCACCAGAUGUCGUUAGUGUGUGAACGACGAUGAAUUUGAUGAGU